GCAAGACUGAUAAUGAAAACAUGCGUCGCCAACAGGACUAAAGCUAACCGAUGACAGAGACUGAGACAUGUCGUCGCUUGCUUUAAAUGCUGCUACGGUAUUCUUAACAUUGACUGGAGCGACAGUGGUUGUUGCUGUGCUCAGCGCUCCCAGAAAUGUCCGUCUAACCUCCACGAACAUGAAUUUGGUACUGAGGUGGGAUUCACCUGAGGGGGACACCAACGACCUUCUCUACACCGCAGAAUGCAAGACCUCUGUCCGAAUGUGUCACGUGGGUUGUGUGAACAUCUCAACCCAUGAAUGUGACUUCAGCAGCCUCAGCACCUCCCUCAGUGUGUAUGGAAGUUAUAUAGCCAGAGUGCGGGCACAGCGAGGGGCAGAGAGCUCUUCUUGGGUGGAAAGUAAACCGAUCACCUUGGAGAGUGAUACUGUGAUUGGUUCACCCAACGUGUUGCUCUUUUCGAAUGGAGCUACAAUUGAAAUUGCGAUUAAAGAGCCGGCAUUUGCAAUCUCAGACUUCAGGAGCGUCUAUAGUACUGCCACCUACAACAUCACCUACUGGAAAGAUGGCCAGAAUAAAAAGGCAAGAAGCAUCAGCAGUGACAGAAGAAACCGAAUGUUUCUCAAUGACCUGGAACCCUGGAGCAAGUAUUGUGUCCAGGUACAAAUCAUUGCAGAAGGGAACACCAAGCCCAGCAAGCUGAGCAGUCCAGUUUGUGAGAGCACCACCAGUGUGAGAACAGAGCUGCCUCCACCACAGAAUGUAGCCUUGAUUACCUUGAACACCAAUUACACACUGAAGUGGGACUGGGACGAGACUACUUCAAAGAGUCGAGAUGUUUCUUUCUCUGCAGAAUAUAUGCCGAUAUACAAGCUAAAAUCCAAGAUAAUACACAACUGGUCUGUUGCCUGUGAUAACUCUCCUUCCAAGUCAUGUGACUUCACCGGGUGUAACCUACACUAUUUGGGCAGCUACAUGCUUCGUGUGCGCACCAACGAGAAUUCCAGUCACUCCGACUGGGUGGAAAAAGAAUUUUGUCCUGAUAAGCAUGCUGCAAUUGGUCCACCAUCCAAAGUGGAACUGGCUCCUGCUGAAAACAACCUUGAUGUUUAUAUUUCUCCUCCAUUGACCAGUUCAAACCUCUCCAUGAAGGCGAAACUUUCAAAAUUGUACUACUACAUUGUGUACUGGGAACAUGGUGUAGACAAGCAGGUCCUGCAACCCCAAAUUGUGAACAGCAAUUCUAACAUGGUGACUUUGCCAGACCUGAAACCUUGGACAUGGUACUGUGUUCGGGUCCAGUCACGUUCUGACAUUCCCAAUAAGAUCAGCAAAUUUGAUUUCCCCCAUUGCAUUCAGACUGAAGGAAUUAUCCCUUGGUGGCAAACUAGUCUGUACUUUCUCGGCUCUUUGAUGAUUGGUGGUUCGACUGUGCUGCUGCUCGUGUUUAUUCUCUUUAGUUGUUACAAGACCUUCAAUGCAACAUUCUAUCCCUUGAUCCAACUUCCACCAUUUUUCCAAAAGAGUCAUCUUGACGGCCUUGGAUCUGAUAUUCCAUGUCUCCUGUCCAUGGAAUCUGAAGCUGAAGGCUUUUGUGAUAAAGUCACAAUAUGUGCAAAGCCCAUGGAAUGUCACUCUCCUUCUUCAAAGGUUCCACCGAUGUCCCCUUUAUGUUUGGAAGCAGCGAGCAGUGGUCGGAACAGUCAUCAGGACAGAAGGCGAAUUAGAGAUUCUGGAGUUAACGCCACAGAAGGCAGGAAAUGCCAGCAACAGCAGCAGCAGCAGCUAAACAACAGUCAGUCCUCCUCCGAUGACUUCGAUCUGGUGAAAAUGCACAAUUUGACUCCAGGGCACAAUAGUCAGUUUGGGAUUACAGUUGAGGGUGUUAUAGACCUUUGUGUCUGAAGAUGUGCAAAGGAACCUCUGAGGUGGGGGAAAAAAAAAAAAGAAAUCGCAACAAUGGCGCAUUUUCUCACAAAAACGUUGUCGUACUCCAGCGCAUACAACUUAAGAGGGUCCCCUUUAUUAAGAUUCAGGUGUGUUUAGGAUUUUCGGAAAAAUUUAAAAUGUGUUUUUUUUUCUAGUUGUCCUUCUUCCAUCAAGGGCAGAGUAUUAAAUCAUAUCAAAAAAACUUUUUCAAGGUCAGAUUUAGAAAUAUUUUUCAAUUCAUCUGAUGGCUCUAGAACAGUGAUUUCCAACCUUUAUGGAGCCAAGGCACAUAUUUUACAAUUGAAAAAUGUCACAAAAAGUAGAUGCGCAGUCAUUACUGUAUGUACUUCCUGCCAUCUAAUAGAAGAGCAUAUCUUUGUUCUGUCUGUCACUAUGCCUCACUGGAAUAAAUAGAUGAAUAAAGAUACAUUAUUUGUUGGAAAUAAAUAAUUUUUUUGAGUAAAAUUUGAUAAUUUCCCACGGCACACCCGAAGAGCGCUCACGGCACACUAAUGUGCCCCCGGCACACUGGUUGGGAAUCACUGCUCUAGAACCCCGUUGCAAACCAUAACUGCCAUUUUGAGAUAAUUAUAUAGCAGUUAUACUGCAGUUUAAUCAAUUAAUGUACAGUAACUCAGAAUAUGUCGUCUAGAAUUUUCAAUCUAGCGUCCUCCCGUAUUCAGCUAUCGUCGGCUAUGGCACAACAUAAGGCAGUCCCUCCGUUUAUUCGGCAUUAGCGCACACACACUGACACAUCUUUGUUCGGUGUAUUGCCGCAUAUUUUGCUAUUUCACUGUUUAUACAUAUAUAUAUAUAUAUAUAUAUAUAUAUAUAUAUAUAUAUAUAUAUGUGUGUGUGUGUGUGUGUGUGUUUGUGUAUUCAGUCCUGCUCACCAUUGCUGGCACACAUGAAGUUUCAGUACUAAAUGAAAAAAAUUCUAUAGAAAACUUGUUUGAUACAAAAGAGCAAGUGAUGAUAAUUUAUGGACAGAUGAAACAAAAAUAGAGCUUUUCAGCAAAACACAGUGUCUUUACAGAUGGCACCAUUAAGCCUUUAAGGAAAAGAACACCCUGCAAACAAUCAAGCACGGUGGAGGAUACACAGGGCUGUGGGGCUGCUUUGCUACAUCUGGUACUGGAGCCCUUGACUGCGUCACAGGUAUCAUGAAAUCAGAAAAUUAUUAAAAGAUUUUAGAGCGAAAUGUCUUCGCCAGUGCAAGAAAACUUCAAAGAUCAUAGGUCCUCCAGCAAGACAAAGACCCAAAAUGCACACUGAAAGCUCAAAGGAAUGGUUUCAAAAGAAAAAUGGACUGUUUUAAAAUGGCACGCAAUGAGUCCUGAUCUCAAUCCAAUUGAAAGUCUUUGGGGGGAGCUGAAAUCUGCAAUUGGGGAACAGAACCAUGCAUAUGUUCAAGAGAAGAUUGCAAAGAAAGAGUGGGAGAAAAUACCAGCGGAGAAGUGCAGAGAAGAGCUUAUACCGGUAGAUGGAUGCAAGAAACGUUUGAAAGCUGUCAUCACUGCCAAAGGGUGUGCAACCGAAUAUUGAGGGGUGCCAAUAAUGGUGAGCGGGCCUGACACACCAGUCUGUAUUUGUAAUCCGCUCUGAGGGAUAUUGUGACAUCCUUUCUCCAGCUCCUCCGCCGCAUUGAUCCACAAGUGACCACCUAUUCAAUGUCACUUGUGCAGCUGUUAAAAGUAGGAAAGCUUCUGACCUCCUGAUUGGCUACAAUUCUACUUUUGAGUGGGUUCCUGUGUUGAGAAAUCCUCAUCCUCCUCGUAUUCCAAAACGUAGCUCCCCAUUCAGAGAGAGUGUAGCGUGAUAUUGAAUGACAAGCAUUACAUCAUUUCCGGUAGCCCUGAUUGGAUAGAGAGUAACUACACCCAAGAUGUACCGCAUCCACUCCUUGAAGUCUCGGCGCCCUUUGCACAAUGGUCAUUGCACCGGACUAUUGCAAUAUUAGUCAUUCGAACUGCUCUAAGUGCUGGAGGACUCUGCAUCGUUUUGCACAAUUGUUUUUUGUCAAUGUCUUUAUGUCUCCAAAGUGUUCUGUAAAUUGACUGUCUGUUGUACUAGAGCGGCUCCAACUACCGGAGACAAAUACCUUGUGUGUUUUGGACAGACUUGGCAAAUAAAGAUGAUUCUGAUGUCUCACAAUUGGGAACCUU